AUUUAUUCAAUAACUCCCUUGUUAAACAAUUUUCCUUCACAAACCCUUCUUCUUCCUCGUCGAUCAACGCGGGCGACCUGGCUAAACCUCUUCCAGUCCAUGGGAAUACCGACACGUGUCCUCCCUCCAUAGAUCGCUCCCUCGCUCCGCUCCGUCCUCUUCCCCCGACACUCUCAGGGAGAUUAAGAUGAGUCAUCCGUCAGUGAUUCUUGCAACUGCUGGUUAUGAUCAUACAAUCAGAUUCUGGGAAGCCAAAAGCGGGAGGUGUUACCGCACUCUUCAAUACCCGGAUUCACAAGUUAAUCGUCUUGAAAUAACCCCUGACAAGCGAUUCUUGGCUGCGGCUGGAAACCCUCACAUUCGUCUUUUUGAUGUCAACUCGAACAGCCCACAGCCGGUUUUAAGCUAUGAUUCACAUACUAGCAAUGUUAUGGCGGUUGGAUUUCAGUGUGAUGGAAACUGGAUGUACACAGGUUCUGAAGACGGCACAGUGAAGAUCUGGGAUUUGAGGGCAGCAACUUGUCAACGAGAAUAUGAAAGCCGUGGAGCUGUCAAUACAGUCGUCUUGCAUCCAAAUCAGACUGAACUAAUAUCAGGUGAUCAAAAUGGAAACAUUCGCGUGUGGGAUUUGACUGCAAACUCAUGCAGCUGUGAGCUGGUCCCUGAGGUGGAUACAGCUGUAAGGUCUCUAACAGUGAUGUGGGAUGGUAGCAUGGUCGUCGCUGCUAACAAUAAUGGUACAUGUUACGUUUGGAGGUUGCUCAAGGGAACACAGACAAUGACCUACUUUGAGCCCCUUCAUAAGCUACAGGCACAUGAUGGAUACAUUUUAAAAUGUCUGCUUUCACCGGAAUUCUGUGAUCCUAACAGGUAUCUCGCAACUGCAUCAUCAGAUAACACUGUAAAGAUAUGGAAUGUCGAUGGUUUCACCUUGGAGAAAACUUUAACAGGUCAUCAGCGCUGGGUCUGGGACUGCGUGUUCUCUGUUGAUGGUGCUUAUUUAAUAACAGCUUCUUCUGAUACAACCGCAAGAUUGUGGGCGAUGUCAACAGGAGAAGCCAUAAGAGUAUACCAAGGCCAUCACAAGGCUACAGUCUGCUGCGCUCUCCAUGAUGGUGCUGAAUCUCCUCCAUCCUAAACUCUACUUAGUUUAAUUCUGUGUCUUUUUCUUGUAUAUGCAAAUUUGUGUGCGUGUGCGUCUGUAUAUUAUCUAUUAGUAUGUUUAUCGGUGCAUGUAGCUAGUUUUUAGCAAGCUAUUUAACAAUUGGUAUUUAAUUGCGUGUUAACAUUUCUUCGUGCUACUUUUGCUGUUAAUAUCUUUUUUCAUUCUUUGAGUAAUAAGGUUAUGGAACUUGUAUGCUGGUGUA